AUGUUUAGCCACAUCGACCUAUCCGAUGCAUACCUUCAAGUCGAGGUCGACGAAGAAAGUAGGAAGCUUAUCACGAUCAACACCCACAAGGGACUCUAUCGUUUCAACCGACUUUCCCCUGGGGUCAAGAGCGCUCCCGGCGCUUUCCAACAAAUCAUGGAUGCCAUGCUGAGUGGACUAUCAUGUACAUCUCCGUACCUCGACGACAUCCUGGUCGGUGGUCGCACCGCCGAGGAGCACAAGCAGAAUCUGUAUCGUGUUUUGCAGCAACUAAAAGAGUAUGGAUUCACGGUCAAGUUCGAGAAGUGUCGUUUCUUUAUGCGUCAGGUGAAGUACCUGGGCCAGCUUCUUGAUACGGACGGUAUCCGUCCCGACCCAGACAAGGUUGAGGUUAUCGUUACAUGCCCCCAUCUUAUAAUGUUCCCACGCUUCGAUCGUACUUGGGCACGAUUAACUAUUAUGGGAAAUAUAUCCGCGAAAUGCGCACACUUCGCCAAUCGCUGGAUGAACUGCUUAAGGAAAGUAACAGUUUCCAGUGGUCUGAUGCUUGCCAGCGUUCCUUUGAUCGUUUUAAGGAAAUCCUCCAAUCACCGCUCAUGCUGA